AUGGAGCUUUAUGUCAAAUUCUUCUCUUUCUCUCUGCUUUUCCUCGCCUCUGCUGCUCUGUCCUACGCCCACAUCGCCGUCUUCGACGACUACUGGGCGAAGCGCGCCGCUGAGGCUCGCAACAAUACGCUGAACGCCUACGUCUCCGAUCCGGGGACCGUCGUCAACAAUUUCAAUGCGGGCUCAGCCAAUCUCACGAGGAGAAGCCUCCGGGGCAAAGGCAAGAGCGACGGCCCGUGCCUCGCGACGAACCCCAUCGACCGAUGCUGGCGGUGCCGCGAUGAUUGGGCGAGCGACCGCAAGCGUUUGGCGCGGUGCGCGAAGGGGUUCGGGCGCACCGCCUUGGGCGGCGUCCAAGGGCAGAUCUACGUGGUGACCGACCCCUCCGACGACGACCUCUUGGACCCGCGCCCGGGGACGCUCCGGUACGGCGUCACCCGCGACGCGCCGCUGUGGAUCAUCUUCGCCCGCGACAUGGUCAUCCGCCUGCAGCAGGAGCUGAUGAUCAACAACUACAAGACGAUCGACGGGCGGGGAGCCAACGUGCACAUCGCCUACGGAGCCAGCCUCACCAUCCAGUUCGUGCAGCACGUGAUCGUCCACAACCUGCACAUCCACGACAUCAAACCCGGGUCCGGAGGUAACAUCCGCGACUCCGAGCAGCACUGGGGCAUCCGCACCCGCAGCGACGGCGACGGCAUCAGCAUCUUCGGCGCCUCCAACAUCUGGGUCGAUCACAUCUCCAUGUUCAACUGCGCCGACGGUCUCAUCGACGCCAUCGAGGCCUCCACCGCCAUCACCAUCUCCAACUGCCAUCUUACCCGCCACAAUGACGUGAUCUUGUUGGGCGCCAGCGACGCGAAUUCAGCGGAUGUGAAGAUGCAGGUGACGAUUGCGUACAACCAUUUCGGGCAAGGCCUUGUGCAGAGGAUGCCAAGGUGCCGAUGGGGAUUCGUCCACGUAGUGAACAACGACUACACGCAUUGGCUGAUGUACGCCAUCGGCGGCAGCAUGCACCCCACCAUCAUCUGCCAAGGCAACAGAUAUCUCGGCCCAACAAAUCAAGCCGCCAAAGAGGUGACGCACAGGGAAUACGCAGAGGAAUCCGUGUGGAAGAACUGGAACUGGCGGUCGGAGGGGGACCUCCAAAUGAACGGGGCCUUCUUCGUUCAGUCGGGCCGCGAUACCACCGGUGGCUUCUCCAGGCAACUACUCAUCAAGGCGAAGCCUGGGACGGCGGUCGGACGCCUCACUCGCUUCUCCGGCGCUCUCAACUGCCGCCCUAAUCGCCCCUGCUGAUCGACGUCGACGCCUGCAUCAAAUGCGAAGUUUGCUAUUGUGAUGGAGGAGGAAGAGCGCGGAUGAUAAGAGAUGGGAAUGAGAUGGAUUUCCUUUUCUAAAAAAUUUCUCAAAUCCUGUCUCUUAUCUUGU